GGGGAGCGCGGGGAAGAGGAAGAGCGGAAGAGAGAGGGAGGGAGAAGGGGGUGGGGAGAAAAAGUGAGUCGUGCAGAGCGAAAAAGACGGGUGAGAGAGACAGAGAAAAAGCAAGAGAGCGAGUGUGUGUGUGUGUGUGUGAGAGAGAGAGAACGAAGUAAGAACAAGAGCGAGAGCAACAGGGACGAAGAGAUGGCGACAGAUCGUAAUGGUGAUACGUAGAGAUGUUGUAGCGUUAAUUUAGCUGUCUUGGGUUUAUGGGCACAUUAUAUAUAUAUAAAUGUAGAUAUGAGGUAAGGUGUUUAGGGGGAAACAUGGCGACGCCUCCCACGAUGAUUCCUAAUUCAUAUGAAGCGUUAAAUGUGGAAUUCGUAGUGGAAAAGAUGCACAGUAUAUAUAAGUAGAGUUAUGGCAUCUCAUUGCGUCGCAUGGUUUUGUUGGCUGUUGAAGGUGACCUCACUAUUCCCCUUGCUGUGAUUAGCCGCUACUGCAGGUGACGUCAUUAUUACUCGGGCUGUAUUUGGUGUUCCUACAUGUUCAUUGCCCGCAGCUCUCCUACGCAUAUUAUGUGUAAUCAUUGUUGUUGCAUUUUCAAUUGCUAUAUAUAUAUACACACACAUAAUGUAUAUCUUUAAUGUUCUUCUCAUGAAACUUAAUUAAAUAUAUGAAUACAGUUCGAGUUUUUGAUAAAACAGUGGCUUUAUAUUUUAUUGUCCGCGUAGCUGUGUUACUUAGCUGGUGUCGUUGCUUCAUGCGAUCCUACAAAUGCAUGAUUAAUCAUUGUUAUCACUCGAUAUCAUAACAUGGACGUACGCAAAUAUUUGCCAACUAUAGGCGUUCACUAAUGUCGCGCGCAGUCGGUUCUAAUGAUUCAGACCUAUCAAAGCCGCCAGGUGCCUCUGCGUAGUAGGUAUCAAAGUCCGAUCAAUUGCGAGCGAAGGAACGCGUUUAUCCACAUUCGUAAUUGCCAAAUUUUCGACACCUAUUCGUGAUAAACAUUGCUUGAUCGUGCUCGUAUUCGAGUAUCGCGCGUUUUCCCGGCGCUACGGUGGAAUCGUCGGCGGUGAGUGAGCGUCGUCGCAUGUGAGGCGUGGCGCUACGGUGGAAUCGUCGGCGGUGAGUGAGCGUCGUCGCAUGUGAGGCGUGGCGCGAUGACGGAAUCGUACGCACGCGUCACGGUGACAACGACGAGGACCGUACUGAGUACAGCCGCUGACGGCACGGUGACGGUGCGCGACGUCAUCAAGUACGGCUACAACACCGAAUACAUCAAGUCCAUCCCCGGAUGUAUGCGGGCCGUUCAAUACUCAUGCUGCCUUCUAGCCUUCAUGUUCGUGUUUGCCGUGCAAUGCUGCGCGGACAAAGGUAGACGAACAUACUUCGGCAUUUGCACGGAGACGGCUUUCGUGACGUCACUUCUAUUUUAUCUACUGCGCCUGCUGUUCGUGCCGUGGUCGUAUCGUAAGAUUCCGUGGCAUCUCAUUGAGUUCGUCGAACAAGUCACGUGGUCGCUGAUGCUCGUUGUUGCAGCUCCUCUGAUGGCCGCGUGUGGCUGCAAGCAGUUCGGCUUCAUCGUCGGAGUUGUCUUGAGUUUCGUAGCUCUUCUUGCUUACAUCAUCGGAGCAGUAAUGUCAUUUACAAAAUGGCGGAAUAUCACUCACUGGUCUCAUACCAUGACUAGAAGAACGUCAGCCGUAACUACAGCCCAAUCGACGACGAGGACGGCGACAAACACUUAGCUAUGUAUUUGAACAAGGAUCAAAGUGCUUGUAUUACCGUAUAUAUGUUAUAAUAUUAUAAUAUUAUAAUGUAUAUAAUAUAUAGAUAUAGA